UGUAGUUGUGUAAAAAGUGGCAUAAAAAUAAAAUGAAUUGCCAAAAAUUUCUAUUUAAUGAUUGUAUAUAAUUUCUUUGAUACAUAAAUUCUGAAUAAUGUAAUUGUAAUGGACAACAGAAUGGAGCAAAAUGUGAUAGUAACAAAUCCAUACAAUCAAAAUGAUCAAAUAAUAAAGCAGGAAACAGGGACUUGGUUCGAUGAGCCAAAUAUAAAUAUGAAUCAGGGACAGUCAUUACCUCAUGAACUACCCUAUUACAAGUAUCAAAAUAAUAUAGGCAAAACUAUGACAGUUCCAAUAGGUAAUUCGAUGGAUACGUCAAUUAAUGUUCAGUGGUGGAAGGACACAUCUAUUGCAGAUAUAAUCCCACAACCUGAGUAUCAACAAAAUGUAGUUCCUCCAACAAAUUCCUUAAUAAAUCAACCAAUGAAUAUUCAAUUGCCAAAUUCAUUGGACGAAACGCAGAUAGAUAGAAGAAAAGCAGUAAAAUCUAAACAACUGAAGAAAUCAAAAACUUUAAGAGAACAUAGGGAACCCUUGAAACGUACAAAACAUCCAGAGCUAUGGAAAGUGAACAUAAAAAAAAAUGCUAGAUUGAGAGGUGAAGAAUACAUUGGAGUUGGAGGAAAAAUAGUACCAGCAAAGACCAUGGGACCUCCCUGUAAAUGUCGUAUGCAUUGCUCGGAAAAAGUAGACGAAGCAGCACGGGAAGAGCUGCAUAAUAUUUUUUGGAAAACGUGCAAUUGGGAACAACGAAAACAGUAUGUCGCAUUAUCGGUUAAGGAAUCUCCGAAACAACGAACUCGCUGUCGAGGAAACGUUAAAUCCGAGCACCGUAGACAAGUUACCUUCACCUAUUCCCUUUUAUUGAAGGGAGAAUUUAUUACAGUAUGCAAAUGUAUGUUUCUCAGCACUUUUGCAUUAUCCGAAAAGUUUGUGCGCCAUAUAAUGGACAAAAAAAGAAUAUCUCCUGGCGGAAUUAUAGGACCAGACCAAAGAGGAAGGCAUACACCAAAAACGAAAAAAAGUGAAAACGUGAAGGAUAGAGUACGCGAACAUAUUAAAUCGUUUCCAACAGAAAAAUCAACAAAUCCAAUGGAUUGUACAGAAAAGAAUUAUCUGGACUGUAGAUUAAGUAUAGCUGCUAUGCAUAAAUUGUAUAUAUCGAAGUGUAAAGAAGAUGGUAUUCCAGAAAGUGAUAUUGUUAAAGAGAGUUACUAUAGAGAAAUGUUUAAGACAGAGUUUAAUCUUGGUUUUAAACGAGCAGAAUCUAAAGAGAAUAAUUGA